AUGACUGAACUAGACCAGUGCAUCAUUUGCCUCGAGCCACUGGUCAUUCUGGCCAAGCCCCCCUCUGUCGCUGCUGCCACCCAGCUCGACACGGCACUCGAGGUGCCCACUGAUCCACCCGACCCUUCAGCGCUCUUGGGUCAAGAUGGUGCAAAUUCCGACACUAAUAGCAGAAUCGCUUCCCUCGACGGCUGCGAUCAUGUUAUUCAUGAUUCUUGCAUCCGAUUAUGGGCUCAAAAGACAAAUACGUGCCCAAUUUGCCGUGAGCCUUUUCGUCAACUCCAAGUCUUCGAUGGUGUAUCUGGCACCGUUAUCGAAUGCAUAGAAAUCGAAGAAAAAAAACAAGUCGCCGAGUUCGAUCCGCAGACGUGGCUCGCAGACAAUGUGGAAGAGGAGGAAGAAGAACCGGAGCAACCUUGCCCAGUCUGCAACUCCAGCGAAAGGGAAGAUGUUUUGCUUCUCUGUGAUGGGUGCGAUGCGGCGUACCACACAUACUGCAUUGGCUUGGACUACAUUCCUUCCGGCAACUGGUAUUGCAUUGAGUGUGCCGACGACUUCCAACCUCCAGUUCAGGAAGAAGAUGCAGAAGAACAACCAGUGCGCAGAAGGCCUAACAGGCGUCGAACUGUUGGAAGGCCCGCUUCACGUUUCUUCCCACGCACGCGGGAACGAAUGCGGCGGGCCAGACGCCAAGCUCGUUCGCUUGCUUGGACUGGACCCUGGGGGCAAUUUUCCGGUCGUGUCUAUGACGCUCUUCAAAUCGAUCUUGACAACCAUGAGGACGAUGAUGCUCUUGCAGAGUUCCGCAUUUCUCAAAUGCUUCGCGAAAGAGAGCAGCGUGAAUACCAGAGGUGGCAACAGCGUGUGAGCAUCGCAAAUCGCCUCGGUGCGGGCGAAGUGUUCACCAACAGCCUCCCUCGGGCAGCACGCCAGCAGCUUGAGCAGCGGCCGCCAACCCAACCUGUACAGGAAUCCCGGGACGAAGUUAGGUCAUGGGGUGCGUUAGAGCGUGCUCGCGUCGCCGAGCAGUCUGUUAGCUCGAGCCAGGCCGGCCGUAAGCGGCGAGCCCCGUCGGCAACUGCGUCACCAAUAGAACCCGCUCAAGAGCCAGAACGGAAGCUCAAACGGCCGAGAACUAGGAGGAUUCUCCCCGCGCACUCCGAGGCAUCGAGCUCCAAGUCAUCGGUACCGCCCGCUGGGCGAUCUGCAGAGAACGGCUCAAGCUCACGAUCCACUGAACAGGAGGCUCCGUCCUUUCUGUCGGCCUUACUUAAGGAGGUAGAGGUCGGCAUGGGCACGGCAUCCGAUGACGAGAAUAUCAAGACAUUCUUUGGACGAGCACCCACGGACGCGGCUUCCCCUGCCAGCUCGCCAACGGUGUCGGCACACAACAGCCCCCGAGCAUUAUCUCUCACCCCGCCACCCUUGAGCCUCGGACGUCCAAGCUCGCCGCCGUUGUCGCUCAGCUCUUACGUAGAGCCACGGUAUCCGAAGGCGAAUUACUCACCGACGCGCCAGCAGGCCAGUCCCCGUGAACAGUCAGACACGGAGACCCGUUCCGAAAAGAACAGUGUACCGAACGGUGUACAAAAUGGUGUACAGAAUGGUGUACAAAACACGCAAACCCUCGAGAUUCGCCAGCCUCGACCGCGGCGGCCUCAAGAAGAGUCUGCUGCUCGGUCCAUCGAUACAUCACCGGUCCGAGAUCAGCUAUCGCCGGAGGCCAAGGCUAGCAUCAACGGCAUCGUUCGAUCAGCGCUUAAGCCGCACUGGCAUGCUCGAGAGCUGACGACGGAACAAUAUUCCAACAUCAAUCGAGAUGUCUCGAGGAAACUUUACGAAGAAAUUAAGGAUCCUUCGUUGCUAGAUGACGAGGCAAUGAAGACUUGGGAGAAGGUCGCCUCAAAGGAGGUGGCUCGCGCCGUUGCGGAAUCCAAGGCGUAA